AUGAACUGGCAGUGGCUGUGGCUGGGUUUCCUACUGCCCUUGACAGUCUCAAGCCGGCCUCUGGAGCCUGCAGAGAUGGAGGCGGCUGUGGAUUAUCUGCUGCAAUACGGGUACCUACAAAAGCCUCUAGAAGGACCAGAUGACUUCAAGCCAGAAGACAUCACAGAGGCUCUGAGAGUUUUUCAGGAAGCAUCUGAGCUGCCAGUCUCAGGUCAGCUGGAUAAUGCCACAAGGGCCCGCAUGAAGCAGCCCCGCUGUGGCCUGGAGGACCCCUUCAACAAGAAGACCUUCAAAUACCGGCUGCUGGGUCGCUGGAGGAAGAAGAACCUGACCUUCCGCAUCUUGAACCUGCCCUCCACCCUCCCACCCCACAUAGCCCGGGCAGCUCUGCUUCAAGCCUUCCAGUACUGGAGAAAUGUGGCCCCCCUGACCUUCCGGGAGGUGCAGGCUGGCUGGGCUGACAUCCGCCUAUCCUUCCAUGGCCGCCAAAGUCCAUACUGCUCCAAUACCUUUGAUGGGCGUGGGAGGGUCCUGGCCCAUGCUGACAUCCCAGAGUUGGGCAGUGUGCACUUUGAUGAGGAUGAGCUCUGGACUGAGGGAACCUACAAGGGGGUGAACCUGCGCAUUAUUGCAGCCCAUGAACUGGGUCAUACCCUGGGGCUUGGGCACUCCCAGUAUACCCAGGCCCUCAUGACCCCCGUCUACACUGGCUACCAGCCCUACUUCAAGCUCCACCAGGAUGAUAUAGCAGGGAUCCAGGCUCUCUAUGGCAAGAAGAGCCCAGAGAAAGAAGAAGAGAUGGAGGUGCCCUCCGUACCCCCAGUGCCAAAAGAGCCCAGCACCAUGCCAGACCCCUGCAAUGGUGAACUGGAUGCCAUAUUGCUGGGUGAGGCCCUCCCUCUCCAGGCUGUAGACAGACAGUAGGGGGCAGCCUGAUGACCCUGAGGCCUGGACAAAUGGAAAUAA